UAGCUUGGUGGGCUUCAAAUUGGAAAAAAUAAAUCGAGUGGCACAGAAGCAAGUGAGACAGCAGCGAGUGCGGAGUUCAACGACAAGUUGGCUAAAAGCUCAGCACAAGCUUAAAUUCAAUAAAUAUUAUAUUUUUGGCAAUUAAACAAAUUAAAAGUAGUGCACAUAAAAUGUAAAGCAAAAAGCCAAGUACAAAGUGCAAGUUGGACCAGCAGCAAAGACAAAGUAACGGAAGUGAGACGGCGCCAACAUAAGCCAGACCACCCCAGCCACCACAUACACACAGACACAAAGACUUCGAAGCAACCCCAUUUUUUAGGCAAAGGUAACAAUAAACGCUUGCACAUAUAUGAUUAUCGUGCUGUUGUUGCUCUUCCAAUCGCUGUGCCUCUACUGCCAACGCCUGGUGCUGCACAUCCACGACAGAUGCUUUCCACGCAACGCACGUCUGCUGCAGGAGGUCGCCGAAACGGUGGGCGAUCGUAAGGCGCUGCAGCAUUUGGAGCACUUGGAGGUGGAGCAUCGCAAGCGGCGACAGAAGCGUCAACAACUGGAGUCCAUCUUGACGCUGGGUGUGGGCACCAAUCUGGAAGCGUGUCGCUUCUGUGCGCACAGUCCGCAAGGCUAUUGCCGGCAUCAUUUCCAUCUGCAGCUGAACAACAGCCAGCGUGUGCCGACGCAGGAUUACAAGCAACAGCGGCGCAUACGGCGUGAACUCAAGCGUAGCCUGGAAGAGCAGCAGCAACAGCAUUACUGUAGCUAUCAAAGCUAUAAUCACUAUCGUCUGCCCAGCCGCGCCAGCUCCACCAGCUGUAGUUCCUUAAGCAGCGGCUACGCUUCGCUAUCAGCGCUUAGCAGUGAGCUCGAGGAGGCGCCACUUUUGUAGCACACACUUAACACAAGCUC